UUUUUAAAACAAAAAAUUCAAAUUUCUUGUUGAAAAGUUUACAAUCCCUCAUUUUUUACAGUUUUAAAGAUGAUUCAUACUUAGGAAACACAUUUGCUGUGUCGUAUGGAAAAUAUGGAAGAAGUUGGGAAGCUUUCUGAAGCUCUUCCGGUGCCCGAUGUGUUAAGUUAUCACAUUGAAGUUUGUCAAAAUUCUUCUAGCACUGCUUUACCCAACACUAUCCGUGAAUAUGUCCACCAGUUCUUGGYGUGCGUUGGAAUAUGUUAUGGAGAUGCAACUUUUACUCAGUUUCAAGAUGACUUCCUCACAGAACAUGUGAAGACAAUUACUGUCAGCGAUACUGAACUAGUUGUCAGGGACAAAAAGGCAAUUGAUCUUCAGAACUGUAAACUUGCCAUCCAUGUUUUCCAACUCCAUGAAGAUGGACCAGCGAGUGAAGAGCUGGAAGAAGAAAUAUCAGCAGCUAGUCACUGGCUGCUGCCGUCAGCUGAAUUUAAUGGUCUUUGGGACAGCCUGGUAUUUGAUUCUGAUGUCAAAGCACAGCUAAUCAACUAUGCCAGUACGACACUACUUUUUUCCGACAGAGGGGUGUGCAGUAAUAUCAUCACUUGGAACAGGGUGGUCCUUCUUCAUGGGCCUCCAGGUACAGGCAAGACAUCCCUCUGCAAGGCCUUAGCACAGAAACUAUCUAUACGUCUAUCAGAUAGGUACACUUAUGGUCAACUCAUAGAAAUCAAUAGUCAUAGCCUCUUCUCCAAGUGGUUUUCAGAGAGUGGGAAGCUCGUCAUGAAGAUGUUUCAAAAGAUCCAGGAAUUAAUCGACGACAAAGAUGCUUUGGUUUGUGUCCUGAUUGACGAAGUCGAAAGCUUGACAUCUGCUCGCAAAGCUGCCAUGCAAGGACAGGAACCUUCUGAUGCCAUUCGUGUCGUCAAUGCAUUAUUAACACAGAUAGAUCAAAUCAAGAGAUAUCCCAAUGUUCUCAUUCUCACCACAUCAAAUGUAACAGGUGCUAUUGACUUGGCAUUUGUCGACAGGGCAGAUAUCAAACACUUCAUUGGCCCUCCGUCCGUCAACGCAUGUUACAAAAUUUAUCACUCUUGUAUGAAUGAACUCAUGAGGACUGGAAUUAUUUCGCCGGCACAGCAGAUCAUUGAUUUGAGAGGGCUUGAAGUCUUAAGAUUUGUACAUAAUGAUGCCACACACUUGAGUUUAGAAUUGAAAGAAAUUGCAAAGAAAAGUCAAGGUCUCAGUGGACGAACACUUCGAAAAAUACCAUUCCUUGCUCAUGCACUCUUUUCGCAGACAUCUACUCUUACACUGGAACAAUUCCUAAACGCACUGGAGAGAACAGUAGAAAGACAGUUUCUUGAAAAAGAGAAUCUACUAAAUUGUUGAUUGAAAAAUUAUUUCAAAUAAUACAUUUCUUCUUAACAUCCGCAAUACGCCUCUUUAGCCUGGUCCUAAUUGUUUCCCAUUUUAGACCAUGUGUUAUUCUCUUGAGAAUAAGAUUCUUCGUUUGAGUUGUAUCCAUAUUAAUGGUCUUCUCAUGUGCAACCGUUAAACAAAGAAAUGAUACUCUAGGGAAUGACACAUGGUCUGAAAUGGGAAAACAUUACACACAAUUUAUUCUUAUCAGUUGCUAUAGUGACAAGCUAUUGAUAAUGUUACGUGACAACAUUAUCAUAAAGCUAUUACUGCACUUUUCAUAGACAAUUUAUGUGAACUCUGUGUCUCCGGGUUGCACGCUGAAAUUUGGUUCUUCGCUGCCGCUAGUCAAAAAUAUGAAAGGUACCGACUGAUUAGUUUUAAUUGAUGGCAGCAAAAAAACAAAUUUCAGCAUGCAACUUGGAGACACAGAGUUUACAUGCUUACGUCUUUUUUUUCCUGUUAUGAUUUUAUAUAAUGACUCAAUUCUCACGAGAAUAAAAAUGCAAAUGGUUUACUAUUGUCAAACUCUAACACCUAAUAUUCAAUUAUAUAUAUGUAUACAUA